AUGGCCUGUUUGGCGCGCAAGCGUAAGGACUAUGCACGCGCUGAGCAACACCUCACGCUAGGUAUCGGACGCGUCGUUAAGGAUAUUGGCAAACCAAAUGGCAACGUUGAUGGUAUCUGUUUGUGCUACGAAAUGGCAAGUCUCUACGAUGAUAUGGGACGGCUCGCAGAAAGCGAAAGAUUCCAUCGAAUGGUUUUCGAAGGCAUUACACAACGAAUGAAACCUGCUGCAGCUUCUAUCUUGAGCUCUUUGGAUCGACUCCAGCGCAUACUGGAAAAACAGGGCAAGUUCGAGGAAUCCGUUCAGCUCCAGGAACACUACAAGCAGUUUUGGGCACAGCUGGAACCAUGGGAGCUACGCCCGAUCCUGAUGGCUGCCCCCGGUUGA